AUGGCAGAAAACACAAGGUCCAGGCAUCAUCAAAACAAGGAAUUACAACAACAAAUUCUUGAACUUAAACAACAAAAUGGCCAGACACAGCAGACUAUGCAAGAAUUCAAGACUAACAUGGACACACUAAAUGAUAUGAUGCGCACAAUCAUCCAGCAACACCAACAACAAAAUCAGCAACAUCAACACCAGCAAAACAAUCAGCACCAGUACCACGAACGGCGCCAGCUGCAGUAUGACGACCAAGAACCACUAGAACCAAGAAGAGGCAACUUAAGAGGCAUGCGCUUAGACUUUCCACAUUUUCAAGGAGACCAUCCAGUCUCAUGGAUUUUCAAAGCACGCCAGUACUUUAAAUUUCAUCAGACUCCCUUGCCACACUGCAUGCUCAUGCCAUCCUACCACAUGGAGGGGGAGGCUCUUGUGUAUUAUCAAGAGUCUUCAGAGAGAGGCCAUUUCCAUGACUGGGACGCGUUCACCAGGUCUAUGAUUCUCUGCUUCGGGCCAACGUCUUACAAUAGUCCCAUGGGGGCACUAACUCAGUUGAAACAAUCCAGCUCUAUUGUGGCUUACAUUACACAAUUUGAAACCGUGGCUAAUCGGUUGAUGGGCCUUUCAGAUGAACACAAGUUGUGUUGUUUCAUUAGUUGGCUGAAAGAUGAAAUCCAUCUUCCCAUAAAAAUGUUUGAUCCUAUCAAUAUGAAUGCAACAUAUGGGUUAGCAAGAAUACAAGAGGAAUACCUCUUAAGUGUAAAAAAAUCCAGCAAGCAUACACGAGAGAAGUCUAGUGAAACUUUUGGGGUUUUUCCCAAGGGUCUUACUCGGUGCAGUAAACCGAGGGUUUAUUUCAUCCAAGCUAAGGAUGACAACAUAGAGGAAAAGGAGGAGAACAUCCCUACAAAGGUCGCUAAAAAGGUGGAUGAGGAUAGCAAGGCUGAUGACAAGGUAGAGGUACCUGAAAUUUCAUUGGCUGCAAUUGCGGGCACUCCUACAGUGGCAAAUAGGCAAUGCCUACAGAGCAGAGGAAUGUGUAAUGAUGUGAAUUUGAAGGUGCAAGGUACUUCAUUUAAACCCUCUCUUUAUGUACUUGAUCUUGCGGGGUGUGAUUUUGUGUUAGGAGUCCAAGGGUUAGAGACCUUGGGCCCCAUUACUUGGGAUUUCUCUAAACUACUGAUGAGUUUUAAACAUGAGGGAAAAUUGACUGAAUUACAAGGGUUAAAGCUGAAACCCUCAAUGGUGGAUGAUGGUCGCAAGAUGCUAAAGGGCAAGGGAGGGUACCCAGCCCAGGCUAAUAGGCCUUACCGGUAUCCUUACUACCAAAAAAUAGAAUUAGAGAAAAUAGUGAUUGAGCUCUUGAAAUCAAGGGUGGUACAGCCUAGCUCCAGCCCUUUUUCAUCUCCUGUUCUGCUAGUCUGCAAGGAUGAUGGGAGUUGGAGAUUAUGUCUGGACUAUAGGGCAUUAAACAAGGAGACGGUGAAGGCAAAAUUUCCCAUUCUGGUGAUUGAUGAGCUGUUGGAUGAAUUAUUUGGCUCGGUUGUUUUUUCUAAACUCGAUUUAAGGUUAGGUUACCACCAAGUGAGGGUAGUUGAGGAAGAUGUACCCAAAAUAGCGUUUCGCACUCAUGAUGGGCAAUAUGAGUUUUUAGUAAUGCCCUUUGGCCUAACUAAUGCCCCAGCCACAUUUCAAGGGUUAAUGAAUGAUGUCUUUAAGCCUUAUCUAAGGAAAUUUGUACUUGUAUUUUUUGAUGACACAUUGGUCUAUAGCAAGAGUCGAGUUGAACAUUUAGAGCAUCUAAGGAAGGUUCUAUCCUUACUGCAGCAAAAAAGCCUAUAUGCCAAAAGAUCUAAGUGUAAAUUUGCUAUUGGAGAAAUUGACUACUUAGGUCAUGUGAUUAAUGCAGAUGGGUGA